AUAGCAGCACAGUGCGAUUACGAGCUACACUCGUUGGGCUUCUCCACAGAGUUUGUCACAGGAUCGAAUGACUCGAGGAUCGAUUGCACUAUCGAUCAGUACAAGGUGCUUUUAUACUUCCAGAGUACAUCAGGCACUGCCCCUUGUCUAGCCUAGGGGGUGUGUCAACUUAUACAUAUGCAUUUUAUAUAGAAGUUAUAGGCUAUAUAGGGUUGUGUUCUUAGAGGGCAUAACACCAACCCUAUGUCUGUCAUCAUCACAUGCCCAAGGAUCACAUUACUAAUGAGCAUCAUAUCCAAAGAUCCUUUUUCUCAUGUUCAAAACAAGUUAAAAUGUGUAGGUCUCUAGUCUACAGGAAGCCUAGACGUCAUAUAGGGGUCGAGGUCAAUUUAGGGCCAAGCGGUAGGUCACUUUUCGAGGAGUGGGUAAGCGUCUGACCCACAUGUGACCCGAUUGUCACAUUGAGGUGACCUGAAAGGUACAUAAAGGAGAUGCCUCCGAGGCGGUGAGGUCUGGGUCAUUCCCUUUCUGGAGAUGUAGAGAGCAUAAGGCAGAAAGCAGAGAGCAUAAAGCAGAGAGCAAAAAGCAAAAAGCAGAGCACAAGAGGCAAAAAGAGAAGGCACACCCACCUGCCAGCAGGCGGCAUCAUGAGGAGCAGCAGCAGAGGCUCUCUUGAAUUAGGAGCAAGCAGCGCUCAGAUUCUUCACAAAAGCUUCCAGGAACAUGCAUGACUACAAAACUACAGGGCUCCGCGGCUGAAUCUUCUCUGCCUGCUCCAGCAAGUCCUAGGCAGCCUACACUGGCUCAGAUGAUUCUGCAGGUGGUGCCGACCCCUCAAGUGGCUUGUCUGCUCCUUGCACUGGCCUACUUGGCUGUAGCUCCAGUUGCACCUCUGCUAGUGCACUUCCAGUUCUGCAGUGACUGCUUGGCUCAGAACCGCCGGCAGCACAACAACUGCCCGCUCUGCCGCUCCCCUCUUCUGCAGUGCCAUCUGCAGCGAUAGGGCCUUUGACCUUGGCAAGCUUGGUGUCAGUGUCAGAUGCAGCAGUAGGGCCUUUGACUUUGGCAAGCUUGGUGUCACUGUCAGUUGCAGCAGUAGGGCCUUUGACCUUGGCAAGCUUGGUGUCAGUGUCAGAUGCAGAAAUAUGGGCUCUGUCAAGCCUAUCACUUUCAGCUGCAUCAUUAUCCGAUUUUCAUCAUUGGUAAUGUCGCAAUUACAGCAGUUGCUGCUUUGACAACUGCAAAAGGUGGGCAGCAUUGGACGAGCCUGCCUGCUGUUCUACUCUCCUGAGGGCUUCCAGUUUUGC